GCAUUUUUGAUGUUCAGAUGUCCCAGCUCUGUCCCGUCUGAUCUGAGAUGAAGUUGUUGACGUAUUUCCUGUCCUGCAAGUCCAUCUGAAGAUGGCGGAUGCUCUGAGGACACUGUACGCCGCUCUGAUGGUUCUGUCAGGUGUGGCUUCCAUCUUUGGGAACCUCCUCCUCCUGCUGGUGCUCGUCCUCAACAAGGAGCUCCGAACCGACACGCUGGGCCUCACCCUGAGCUUCAGUAUCAGCGACCUGGCUCUCGGACUCUCCACUAUCCCCUUCGGAGCCUACAACAGCCUGGCGUGGCCCUCCUGCUGCCCAAGCGAGGGUGCCUUCUGUCAGGGCAGUGGCUUCAUCUUCCUCCUCCUGCAGACCUCCUCCAUCCACUCACUCACCUGGGCCACAGUCAACAAGUUCACCGAGAUCUGCUUCGCCCUCAGCUACAGCAGCAUCUGGACAGCCGGGCGGAGCCGGCUAGUCCUGGUCCUGGUCUGGGUGUUCUGCCUGGUGAACGCUGCAAUGCCCCUUCUGGGUUUCGGCAGCUACAUCUACAGUGAGUCGCGGUUUCUCUGCUGUCCAAGUUUCACGCCUGACAACAAGUACUUUGUAGUGCUGUGGAUGUUGGUGGGCAUCGUGGCACCGAUCCUCACCAUGUGCUCUCUGUACGGAUACAUUGUCUACGUGGCCAGGAAACAGGCCAGAAGGGGGACGUUCAUGUGCAACGAGCUGCAUUGCUACUACGUUCCUGCCAACAAUUACCUGAGGAGCUCCAUUGUGAUGGUCACAACCUCAGUAUGUUUGCUGGUGUGCUGGCUGCCCUACAUCUCAGUGUGUCUUUACGAGACGUUUAGUGGUCAACAGAGUCAUGCUGUGAUGUCUGCCUUCUCUGCCUGGCUAGUUCUGACCAGUGCCGCCCUCAACCCCUGGAUCACCUGUAUGACGCAGACCAGGUACAGGGCAGCGAUGCGUCGGAGCAUCGGCAGGUUUAUUCAGAUGUGUCCAUGUUCUGGAACGCCUCUGGAGUCCCGCCCACAGAGCUCCAUCGUCCACCUGGACACAGCCAAUCGCAUCAGCACGACGACGACGACGACGACAAUGACAACACGCCCACCGUCAUCAUCAAAAACACCAACACCACCAUGACCAACACAGCUGACACAACUACUGCUACCACCUCUACACCAUCAGUCCAAAGACAGAAACAACUGCUGUAUCUGCAGACAACCGGUCAUCAGACUGGCCUGUGAAUGUUACACUGCAUUGUGGGAAAUGCAGUUCCAUUUCAGUUUGAAGACAUUCCUCCUCCAUCACAUUCAGGGCUAUGGAUGAUGUGAAUGAUGGUUACCUCCAGCUUUCUGGUUCAGAUGCUGCUUACUUUCACACCUCCACACACCUGACCAAUCCUUGUGCAAGGCAGGUGUGAUUGUUGGACUGUCUGUUUCAGAAAAUGAUUGGACGCAGCCCUCCUCCCUACAUUUCAACUUCAAAAAGGGAAAGACGCCCAGACAAGAGCCUUGAUUGGAGCAGACUCUUAUAGACAGUGAUUCAGUGUUUCAAUUCAGUACAGACAUCCAUGGUUCCCUCAGGAUGAGUGCUCUGACUUGUACUUGUACUCCAUAAUUCAGUUCAUGACAGGAUAAUCUCAACUGAUGGUUGAACAUCUGAUCAGGAUCCUCCUGAACGCAUCCUUAAGGAGGUAUUCUGGACAUACUGAGAGCAGACGCCAGGACCGACACAGAACACACCGUAAGGAUCCAGACUCACAUGUGCUGUUUUGUAUAUAGUGGAUAUGGGAGUGCUGGUGUGGCUGUGAACGUUUCUAUCUCACUGAAACAUGUUUUCUAACCAGCAGUGAGCAGUUGCUGCUGAGGAAAGGAAUAAAUACUGUGGAAGAGGAACAUUUUCUCAGGACCUCAAUUUGAAAUGUGAUUGCAAAUCUUCUUGCUCUGGUUCUGAAUU